GCCCAGGGCAGGGCGCCAUUGUUGAUCCAGCUGGGGUGAGGAAGAUGGCCCGGGGCAGGUGGAGGCAGGAAAGGUCCCCUACCUGGCUGAGGUGCCCAGGUCUUUGAAGGAGGAAGGAGGCCGGGGAGAAGACAGGACCCGUGGAAACUUCUUUCCAUUCAAGCAACCAAGUUUGGAGGGCGCCAACAUGCCUGGAGAAGAACUCCAUCCGAGCCCAUCUCCAGACGGCCCAAGGGAAGUUGAAAGAGAAGGAGAGGCCCAACCUUCUCCAGGGGAUGCAACAAAACUCACGGGAGAGCCGAAGACCUCAUCCAAGCCCGACCACCAGGCAGGAUCAGAUCAUCUCCAGAACAUGGGGACCCUCAAUCAAGGCUUCGUAGAAGAACCUCCUCCCUAUGCUCCACCGGAUCCAAAAGACGUCCACUUGUAUCCACCGUUCCACACCAACGUUCCACCACAGAGCUGCGUCUUUUACCAGCCGACAGCUGCACCCCAGGUCCUAAGCCAACCACCCCAUGUAUUCUCCAGCCCCUGUCCUUACUCCAUCGGUGCCUGGCCUGGCGAGAGCCCCCUGGUUGGUGACCAGAGGCUGCCACCCAAAGAUUAUAUGAUGGAAUCUGUACUAGUGACAAUUUUCUGCUGCUUGUUCACGGGCCUGAUAGCACUUGUCUAUUCCCACGAGACCCGGGCUGCUCUGAAACGAGGUGACCUCAUCCAAGCCACGAGGGCUUCCUACAAAGCUCACUCGCUCAUCUUGUUCAGCCUCUUCUUCGGUCUCUUUGUGUCCCUCAGUUGGAUUAUCUACGUGGUGGUAACCCUGUAUCUAUGAUCCAGAAGGUUGGGAUGGACCGUGGAGUUUCCUACAAAGUUGUGGUAUGGAGCCCUCAUCCUUUUCAACCAGUUUGGGGACCCAUUUCUCAUGCUGGCACUUUCUUUUGUCUCUUCUCCAAACCCAGCCACAUCAAGAAGGAACAAUUGUCCUACAGAAAGUGAUGAGAUCUCACCAUCACCACCACGGAAGGAUGUCUUCAUAGUGCAAAGCACUGAUAUCUUCUUUCGGAGCUUCCCGAGGCUCACUUAAUUGCUAUCUCAUCACUUAUUUAAAAAAAACAAACCACAAACAGCCUGGUCCAAAGUUUAAAGGAAAUUCCAGACUCUCCUUGGAGAAGCUACAUGUUAUCCUUGGGGCAGGUCAGGAGAGCGAUCAUCGGUCCAGGGGUUCUUCAAGCAUCGAGACCAAAUCACGGGCACUGUCCUGUGAAGACCUCAGGAAUUCCAUACUGACUUUUAUGGAAGAUACUCAAUUACGAACAAUAAAUGCUGGAAGGAUUUUUACCCAUUCCUGUUCAUUAUGUGACCAUUGACCAACAACUGUAAAUAGGGGGCCAGCAACUGAUCUUCAUUCCCUCCUUGCUUGGGUAAAAAGAUGGAUGGAUGGACGGGCAGACAGACAGACAGACAGAUCAAUGAUAGAUUAGGUAAGUAGAUAGGAAAAUAGAUGGACAGAUGAGAUAGUUGAUAGGUAGACUGGAUGAAUAAUAGAUAAAUGAUAAAUAUAGAUUAGGCAGGUAGAUAGGAAGCUAGGUAGGCAGAUGAGAUAUAGAUGGAUGGAUGGAUGGACGGACUGAGCCCAGGAGAACAAUCUUCUCUACAACAUGGCACCGGUGCCCAAAAUUUGAGAAAUAGCAAGGGCAAAAAAAAAUUGAAUUUCUUUGAUUGGUUCCUCAAUGCCCAUUUCAACUACUUGUUUUCAACCUGGAAUAUGUGAAACUACUUUUGCACAUUGACUUCAUGGGCACAGUUUUGAAAAUCUUGCUGCGGUUGAUGGUGACAGGUUCUUUCACUGCAUUUAUUUUCACUAGAGUUUUUUUCUUCCCUACCUUGAAUAUAAAAAAGCAAUAAAACAUGUUUUCAGAUUUUUUUUAUUUGCAAGUUGGGGCUCUACAUUGUUGAGCCACAAAUACACAGUGUUGGGCUCAGGAGACAUAAGUUAAGAUAACUGAGGACAAUUUUGUAAAAAUUCAGGUUUCUCUUUUGAUUUCCUAAAUCAAACUGUACCUACCCUUUUCUCCCCCUUUGCCUCCUUCCUCAGUGCUGGUCUCAUUAACUCAGUGAUACUCAACCUUGGCAGGUUGAAGAUAUGUGGACUUCCACUCCCAGAAUUCUCCAGUCAGGAUUUCUGAGAGUUGAAGUCCACACCUCAUAAAGUUCUUAAAGUUGAGAAACACUGCUGCUGUAGCAGAACUCCACUUUAAGUUAAACUCUGCUCCCAAGAAAAUAAACACAAUGUCGUCCCUGUUUUAACUAGCAGGAAUUAAAGAAGAGAAAAACAAAACCAGCCCUUUUGGGUCAGAUUCAGAAACAGGGAUCAUUCAGAGCCAUGUGGGAAGAGGAGGAGGAAGAGGAGGAGGGGGAAGGGAGGAGGAGGAG